AUGGUUCACAAUAAGUAAGCGACAAUCCUAUUGGUUCAGAAGGACACAUUUCAGCCAAUCAUUGUGUGUGUUGUUCCGGGGUUAGCUGCUGUCAAGUCGUGCUCAAGGGUCCGCUUGUAUAACAAGGUGACCCACCCUUAGGCGAGAUGGGUGUCCUAUCGACCCUGGCAAGAGGGCUGCUCAGAGGCGCUGACCGGAUGGCUGAAUUCACCAGCAAGAAGGGCGCCAGGACACACAACAAGGGCCGGACCGCCCGGCCCACCGGCCUCCGGCUGUCCAGCGCCAAGUUCGUCGCCGUGAAGGCCAUGAUCCCGGAGUUCGUGGUGCCCAACCUGGAGGGGUUCAAGCUGAAGCCCUACGUGUCGUACCGCACCCCCGGGGGAACCGAGGCUGCCCUGACGGCAGAGAGCCUCUUUGCAGAGGUUGUCGCGCCGCAGAUUAAAAGUGACUUUCAGAAGGGCAGCUUCAGUAUGGACCAGUUGGAGAAGUAUGGGUUCGAACCCUCACAGGAUUCAAAGCUAUUCAAGCUGUUCCCUAAAAACUCUGUACGUUAAAGUUGUGCGUCCCAUUUUGUUCAGUAUUAAGGAACUUUUUUUUUCUCAAGUUGUACACCAUCUAUUAUCGUUAUUUUUGUACCCAAAUAAAUUGAGUGCAAAAGUCACAGAAUGGCAAAUUAUUUGUUAUGUAAACAUGCCAGCAGCAAGCAGCACUCUUAACCUGUGAAUGUAAAUCAAUGAUCUCAGAAGAAGAAGUCCUUUUAACUAGUUUGUUGACUGUUUAUAUUAGAUUAUGGAAGCAUUUGAUACCAGAGAGUGUGCUAGUACGAUAUAAUAACGUAUUGUAGAUUCUGACAUCGAGACGCCCUAGUUGUCAAGUGAAG